AUGCAGCCGCCGCCGCCGUCGCCCUCGCCGCGCCGCCGCGCCACCACCAGGGCCCUACUGCGCCUGCUCUUCCUCGUCGCCCUCUCCCUCGCCGCGCUGCUCGCCUUCGUCACCUCCACCCCGUCAUCCUCUUUCACGCCCGCGCGCCGCGCCCUGCAGCUCGUGCCGCCGCGCCGCCACCGACAGCCGCUAACCACCCUCCGCGCCGUCCGGAGGGACGAGGACAGGCCCACCUCGCCCGUCGCCCCACGAGCGGUGGGCCAGGGCCAGCACGACUCGGACUUGUCGGACCUCGACGCCGUGCUGCUCCCGGACUGGGAGGUCCUCGUCCUGCUCCGCCCCGACGACGACGACAGCUUACCCUCCGGCAACGCCACGUGCGCGUUCCCAGGCGGGGCCACAUCCCCGGCGCGACUGCUCGGGAGGAUGCCCGCGUCCGGCCGCCAAGCCUACACGUGCGCCAUGCCGAGGCCGGAGCGCCGCCACAGCAGGCCUUUCCGCGCGCCACGCCUCGUCGUCGCCACGCUGUUGUCCUCGGCGGUGGAUGAAGAGGACGCCGCUCCAGCGGCGGCGGCAGCGCGGUCGUUGACGCCGGAGAUGAUGCGGUGGAGCGGUCGCCUCGUGUACGACUCCGCCGCGCUCGACGGCGAAGACGGCGUCCUCGUCUUCGCCAAGGGAGUCAACCCGCGCCAGGGAGUCAACCGCGACGCCGCGGAUAUUCGGUGCAUCUACUACCGCCGCAGCACCGCAGCCAUUGGAAACGGAGACAGAGACGUCGUCGCCUCGCUCCCGGCCACCACCUCAGCGCAGCAGGUCUUCCGGUGCCCGCCGCCGCCGAGCACCGCCACGGCCGCGUCUCCCGCCGAGGCGCAGCAGCUCCGCGUCACGCUCGCCGUCGCUGGCGAGGACCCCAUCCCCUCGGUGGCGACCUACACCCCUCCUCCUCCACAAGACGCCGAAACAGCCCAGACGACGGCGUCAAAGAAGAAGCUCACCUGCGCCUGCACCAUGGUCCGAGACGUGGCCAAGUUCCUCCGGGAGUGGGUGGUCUACCACGCGGCAGUGGGCGUCGACCGCUUCUACCUCUACGACAACGGGAGCGGGGAUGACCUGGAGGGCCAGGUGUGCCAGCUCAGCGCGGAGGGCUUCCACGUGUCGACGCACGCGUGGCCCUGGCCCAAGACGCAGGAGGCUGGGUUCUCCUACGCGGCUGCGGCACACCGAGAUUCGUGCGAGUGGAUGGCGUUCGUCGACGUUGACGAGUUCAUCUUCUCCCCGGAUUGGGCCGGGUCAAGCGAGCCGACCAAAUCAAUGCUCCGAUCCGUCGUCACCACCUUUGAGCCAGACGUUGGGCAGGUCAUGCUAGGGUGCAAGGAUUUCGGGCCCUCGGGACACACCAAGCACCCCAAGGAGGGAGUCACCCAAGGGUACACCUGCCGGAGGCGAGCCGAGGAACGGCACAAGUCGCUCGUCAGGCUCGACUCCAUAGCACCAUCGCUGAUGAACUCGGUCCACCAUUUCGAGCUUCGGCCUGAGUUCAAGUGGGAGCAAUCGAGGGAUGCGAGGGUGAACCACUACAAGUACCAGGCUUGGGAUGAGUUCAAGGUGAAGUUCCGCCACCGCGUGUCCACCUACGUGGCGGACUGGACCGACCGGGUCAACCAUGGGUCCAAGGACCGCACGCCCGGCCUAGGGUUCGAGGCGAUCGAACCGGCCGGGUGGCCACACAAGUUCUGCGAGGUGGAGGACACCCUGCUCCGAGACGUGACACGGAGGUGGUUUGGUGUUGGAUUCACCAAAAAGCUUGCUCACCGGACAGUUGGAAGGACAACGCACAGCAGCUCAUAG